GGAUAAGAUAUAGAGCGCACGCACUCACGCAGUCGUAGCUAUCGCUCUGAUUCGUCCCCUUCCUUCUUCAAUCUCUCUCUCUCUCUCUCUCUCUCCUCUACCUAUAUCCGUAUCUAUCUAUUGCUACGAUUCGUUUUGUAGUCCAGGGUCAUUAGAAAUGGCAGAGCCUUCAAAAGUCAUUCACGUCCGUAAUGUGGGGCAUGAAAUUAGUGAGAAUGAUUUGCUUCAGCUGUUCCAGCCAUUUGGGGUCAUUACCAAGCUUGUGAUGCUUCGUGCAAAAAAUCAGGCACUCCUCCAAAUGCAGGAUGUUCAUUCAGCAAUUAAUGCAUUGCAGUUCUACACAAAUGUGCAGCCUAGCAUAAGGGGAAGGAAUGUUUAUGUUCAAUUUUCAUCGCAUCAAGAAUUAACAACCAUGGAACAGAAUACUCAAGGACGAGAAGAUGAGCCUAAUCGAAUUCUCUUAGUUACAAUACAUCACAUGCUAUAUCCUAUAACCGUGGAAGUGCUGCAUCAAGUGUUUUCUCCUCAUGGAUUUGUGGAGAAGAUCGUCACGUUUCAGAAGUCAGCUGGCUUUCAAGCUCUUAUUCAGUAUCAAUUACGUCAGAGUGCUGUUGCUGCUAGAAACUCACUUCAGGGGCGUAAUAUAUAUGAUGGUUGCUGUCAGCUGGACAUUCAGUUUUCAAACCUUGAUGAGUUGCAAGUGAACUUCAAUAAUGAGCGGUCAAGGGAUUUCACAAACCCAUCUCUGCCUUCAGAGCAGAAGGGCAAAUCCUCGCAACCUGCAUAUGGAGAUGUGUACGCUCUUCAAGCUUCUGGAGCCAGAGCAGUUGGAUUUCCACAGAUGGGUAAUGCUGCUGCCAUUGCAGCUGCCUUUGGAGGUGGUUUGCCUCCUGGAAUAAGCGGGACAAAUGAUAGGUGCACGGUUCUUGUAUCCAAUCUAAAUCCUGAUAGAAUAGAUGAGGACAAGCUGUUUAACCUGUUCUCCAUCUACGGAAACAUUGUGAGAAUUAAACUUCUCCGGAAUAAACCAGAUCAUGCACUGGUUCAGAUGGGUGAUGGGUUCCAGGCUGAAUUGGCAGUACACUUUUUGAAGGGAGCUAUGCUGUUUGGGAAGCGCUUGGAGGUGAAUUUUUCAAAGCAUCCAAACAUUACGACGGGUGCUGAUACGCAUGAUUAUUCAAACUCGAAUCUCAACCGUUUUAACCGUAAUGCUGCAAAAAAUUACCGAUACUGUUGCUCCCCAACGAAGAUGAUCCAUCUAUCCACUCUACCACAGGAUGUGAUUGAGGAAGAGAUUGUGGUGCAUUUGGAAGAACAUGGCACCCUUGUGAGUACCAAGCUCUUUGAAAUGAAUGGAAAGAAGCAAGCUCUUGUCCUGUUUGAAAGUGAGGAGCAGGCUACUGAAGCCCUUGUAUGCAAGCAUGCCACGUCCCUCGGUGGUUCAACUAUUAGAAUUUCAUUUUCUCAGUUACAGACUAUUUGAGGACCCUUGUGCAGGACGAGCAAAGGGUUGUGAACAAAAAGAUGUUUAUGUCCAGUGACUUGCUUUUUAACUGCCAUAUUUGUUGUACCAGAUGUUUGAUUGUGCCCUAAGUGGAGGAAUCCUAUUUGUUUUUGUACUAUUAUUUUCCUUCUCAUACUUUUUUGAUUCGUCAAUUUAUUUAUGUUAUUAACAACAGGGGGAAGAUUUGGGGGACCUACAAGUUUUGUAGAAUAGACAGUUGUUACUGAAAUAUGCUUCUUAUUUUAAUUGUAUAUAGUUGUAGCCCUGCUUGGGCAAUUCUGUUUUUGUUGCCAAUUCAUAUAUGUCAUUCUACCA